CACAGAAUCACAGGGAGGGAGUUUUAUUAAGCAUCUCAUUUAUCUAGCUUCCCCCCCUUCAUUGCACAACAUAUGAUGUGGAUAAUCCCUUACUAUGGUAGCCAGGAGAGGACCAUUGCAGUCUGCUGCUGGUGGACAGCUCUGUAAAACACAAUCUCAGGGAAUGUCAGUAAAGUGCUGCUGAGAUGGUGGUGAUUGUCCUGGAGAUGCUAAAUGAUACUUUGAUGUUUAAUCUGAGCCAUGAGGAUAGCACUGGCUCUCUGCUACCAAUACCUGGGCUGAGCAGGACCACUCACAGCCUGGUAGCUGUGUGCCUGGGCUGCAUCUUAGUGCUGGGAUCUCUCUAUAACUCUUUGGUGCUGCUGAUCUUUGUGAAGUUUGAUACAAUCCGGACUCCCAUUAACAUGAUCCUCCUGAACAUCAGUGUGAGCGAUCUCUUGGUCUGUAUCUUUGGCACCCCAUUCAGCUUUGCAGCCAGUGUCUCCGGUGGAUGGAUGAUUGGUCAGCAGGGCUGCAAGUGGUAUGGAUUCUGCAAUUCUCUGUUUGGUAUCGUGUCACUCGUGUCCCUGUCUAUCCUGUCAUAUGAACGCUACCUUACGGUACUCAGAUGCACAAAAGCUGAUGUUUCUAACUACAGGAAGGCUUGGAUUUGCAUUGUUGGAUCAUGGAUUUACUCCCUGUUUUGGACAUUGCCUCCACUGUUUGGGUGGAGUCGUUACAGUCUUGAAAGUUCUGGCAUUACAUGUUCUGUUAUGUGGCAUUCCAAUUCCACAAACAAUGUGUCCUACAUAGUGUGCCUCUUCCUGUUUUGUCUUGUAUUACCUCUGUUCAUCAUGAUAUUUUGCUAUGGACACAUAAUCAGAGUAAUUCGAGAGCAGAUGUGCAGAAUAAACCUGACCACAGCCCAAAAAAGGGAACGGCGAUUGCUCUCAAUGGUGAUUUGCAUGGUUACCUGUUACCUCAUGUGCUGGAUGCCUUACGGGUUAGUGUCCUUGGUUACAACGUUUGGAAAACCUGGAAUGAUUACGCCAACAGUCAGCAUUGUUCCAUCUAUUCUGGCAAAGAGCAGUACAGUCUUCAAUCCACUAAUAUAUAUCUUUAUGAACAAACAGUUUUACAGAUGUUUUGUCUCACUACUAAAAUGUGAAGCUGUCCCUCAUGACAAUGACAUUGCAUAUACUUCUCGAAUAAGCAAAGACAUCCGACCAGGGGAGAAAUCCAAGAUUCAUAGCAGCAACCUCCAUUCACAUAAAGCUGAGAUGGAUAAGGACACAGCGUCUUCGUUUGAAAAGAAAUGCAAAUUGACAGUUGUGGUUUAUUACAGUGAUUAUAAAUAA